AAAAAAGAUCAGCUUAUUCAGCAUUCAUCUACCAUUCCGUUCUCAUUCCAUCUUUUCAUUACCUCUUUCUCUUCUUCUCUCUUUCUAUCUCUUUCCGAUUGUAUUGUUAACAUUGAUUGCAUUCCUAAAUCUUUUUAAACAUAAUGUCCAGUAAAACCUCUAAAGGAUUCAGGCGCACGCCGCCAAAUCCUGCUCCCGAGUAUGAGUUCCUCGGGCCACCAGGUGCUGUCGGGAUGCUCGUCUUCCUCCCUUUAGUUACCUAUGCUCUCUACUUUAAUUGUCGCGAGGGCUUCGGAUGCAUUCCGGCCUUCUGGGACCCCAAGGAUGGAUUUUGGCCCUCUAUCGGCGCCAAUCCAGCAUCAUAUCCCGCAGAUCUCUGGAACUUUCUCAGCUCCACCUGGGAUAUGAAAGCAUUCUAUGUCUAUUCAGCCUAUAUGGCUUUUCUCUUUAUCUCCUUUUUUGUCAUCCCUGGCGAUGUAGUUGAGGGAACUGUUGUCGGAGGCGUUGGUGGGUCACCUCUAACAAAGGAUAGAUCCAACUAUAAGCUCAAGUACAAAGUCAACGCUUUAAGGACCAUGAUGUUGAUCUUUGCACUUAUAGCUGCAACAGUAUACACCAAGGGUGUGAAGCCUUUCUUGUUUCUGUAUGAUCAUUUCCUAGGCUUGAUCACAGCCUCUCUGGUCUGGACCUAUGGUUUGUCAAUUUUUGUCUACAUCUGGUCAUUCCUUCCAGAUAGCAACGGUCAAGAAAAGAUCCUUGCUUGUGGUGGUAACACCGGCAAUAUGAUUUAUGAUUUUGUUCUUGGACGAGAGUUGAAUCCCCGUUUCAGUGCAUCUCCUGACUCGACUUUUGACAUUAAGCACUUUAUUGAGCUUCGCCCAGGCCUUAUCGGCUGGAUAAUUCUCAACUUUGGCAUGGCCUGCAAGCAAUAUCAUGAACUUGGACGUAUCACGAACUCGAUGGUUGCCGUACAAUUGCUUGAAGCUUUCUACGUACUAGACUCACUAUGGAAUGAGCCUGCAGUCUUGACUACCAUGGACAUUACUACAGAUGGCUUCGGCUUCAUGCUUGCCAAUGGUCUGUUGACUUGGCUACCCAUGAAUUACUGUAUCCAGGCUCGUUACUUGGCUACCUUCCCUCUCGAUAUGGGUUUGGUUCAUUGUGCCUUGGUCAUUAUCACUCAAUGCAUCGGAUACAUUAUCUUUAGGGGAGCCAAUGGUCAAAAAAAUCGUUUUAGGCUCUAUGGACCUUCUGCCCCUCAAAAUAGAGGCAUAAAAUAUAUGGAGACCGCAUCGGGAUCAAAGCUGAUGAUCAGCGGCUGGUGGGGCACAGCUCGCCACUUCAACUACUUUGGCGAUUGGCUUAUGGCUCUCGCAUGGUCAUUGCCCUGCGGCUUUGCAAGUCCUCUCCCUUAUUUCUAUCCCAUUUAUUUUGCUGCCUUGCUAUUCCAUCGUGAGCUGAGAGAUGCGGAAAAGUGCCGUAAGAAGUAUGGCAAGGAUUGGGACAAGUAUUGCGAAAUCGUGCGAUGGCGCAUCAUUCCUUACAUUUAUUAGCUUACUUAAUCUCCCUGGAUUUGGUGAAUAGAAAUAUCUGAACAAUAUUAG